AUGCGCCACCGAGGGCUGAUGAUCAGCAACAGGGUUUCCAAUGCGACGCAUGUCUCCAAGUCGUUACCACCAAGGAUAACCUGCGUCGUCAUUACCGGUCCGUCCACAAAGAUCUAUGCGAUCCAUUCUACUUCUGCAGAUGCGGAAAGAUGGACUCCCGCAAGGACAACCAUGUGCGCCAUGUCCGCAACUGUACCCGACGCCAAAUGUUGGAGUUUUACUUCUGCAAGUGCGGGAACCAGAACGUCGAGAAGCAUGGGCAUCUGGGACAUGUUCGACCCUGUAGCUUCGACUAUUCCCGAGGAACCCAUGACUAAGCCUGGGCCUGAGUCAUCGCACGGCUGGGUACGUUGCGGUAAGGAGCAGUACUGA